UCUAAUGCAUAGUAUAUAUUUACAAGGCAGAUUAUUUCAAAUGCGUAGCUGGUCAUAUAUAAAAAAAAUAAAAAAAAGGUUGCGAGAUAAUGCACACUUCAGACUCUGAUGAACCGACUACAGUGCUUUCCUCUGCUGGUAUUCUUGUGGUGCUAACAUAAGUACCGGGUAUUCAUACAGUGUCUUGGCAGGCAUGGUGCUAGUACUUUCCUCUGCUGGUAUUCUUCCAUGGCAGUCACUUAUCGUCUCCUGUCUGAAGGGACGAUUCCACCGGUGAUCCGACUGGCUGGGCACCUCGGGGACCUGACGGCGGUGGACUUGUUACGUCGUCGGCCGUUACCUGCGUCUCCUGCAAGACCGAGAGGGCGUCUUCCACCUGACUACAACCCGGAAGCGGACCGAGUUGUCUUUCAUCGUCCCGUGUGGUGUGUUCGACCCGUACCAGCCGUCUGCUUCCAUUUAUAUGGAGGGAUCGGAGGCCAACAUCACCUUGCAGUCCUGCUCCGGCUGCCUCCCGCCGUCGUUGCUGUCCUCCCUAGGAGUACCACAAUUGUUUAUGUUAUUAAACCUGGUGUCUCUUACCAGUUGUUUGGCUUCCACCCUCAGCAUAGGUCACCACUGUCACAACCUUUACAGUGCUGAUAAGGCUGCGAGGCCCGGAAACCAGAGCCAGACAGCGUUAGUCAGCCACGCAGAAGCUUGACUGACUUGAGAGCAGCGAGUGUGUGCGCGGGAGGGGACAAGAUGGACGAAUAUAUCAAUCCCAGCUUCAUGGAAGAGAACGGCCGCGCAGCACAGGUGGACGGCGUUCAGCAGGAACAGCUGCUGGCGAUGGAGGAGGGCCGCGCGGCGCAGGAGGACCACCAUAGGCAGAUGUAUGUGGCGGUGCAGACAGGCGACGAGGCCAGGCUACGCAACGCCCUAAGGCACCUCUCCAAAGAGACCUUCAACAAAUCCUUCCCUUGGUCGAUCUACACCGCCCUGCACCUCACAGCCAAGAACAACUUCCCCAAGCUGGUGACCGCCCUGCUGGAGGCCGGCGCGGACCCCAACACCAAGAACCUCUAUGAUAAGUUCUGUCCCCUUCACUACGCCGCCAAGAAUGGCAACGUGGAGGUGGUCAAGACCCUCCUGGAGAAAGGUGUCGACCCAAAUGCCAAGGCAGGGUGCUACCGCGAUACGGCCCUCCACCUCCUCGUCAAACACAGGGAGACUGACGAGGACUCCUACAAGGCCUGUCUGGACGCCCUCCUGUCCUGUAAUGAGACCAUCGUUGACGUACUUAACCUUGAGAGACAGUCUCCGCUCUCCAUGGCGAUCAACAGGGGCUGGGAGUACAUGGUGAAGCAGCGUAUCUACAAGGGGGCGACCAUCAAGGCAACUUAUGGCAACAAAACAGCUGAUGAUCUUAUCAAGAAUGAGGUCACUGGCUUACUGGACUCCAUCGACUCCUCCGCCAUCGUUGAGCCACAGAGGCACCUCAGCGAGGAGCUCUACAAUGCUCUGAUCCGCCGCGACAUUGAACUCUUUCGAGAGAUCCUGGACGAGAUCGAGGAAGACGAAUCGCAGUCCUUGAAGUCAGCGCUGGAGAAGCAGCAAGAGGAGUACACACUGCUGAUGUAUGCAUGCAAGGAGCGACUGACGGACUUCAUGAAGGAGUUGCUGAAGCGCGAGCAUGGAUACUACGAGAUACUCACGCUCCUGCUGCUGGCGCUGAGAGACCAGGAUGACCCGAACACAGAUUACAGGAAGGUGAGGGACGCCUUGAAGAAGAGAGAUGACCGGGGGCAGACGGCUCUGCACAAGAUAGUCAGAAGGAGGUAUGACAAUAAAGAAGAAGGCGUUGAUUACUCCAUGUGUCUGGAGCUGCUGCUGGACAUGAAACGGUUGAUGGACCUGGAUUUGCAGGUAGAGCCUGGGUACACUGAGGAACAGUCCCAAGACCUGGAUGCAAAGUAUAGGAUCACUUUCACGGACAAAUGUUUGGUGGAUCUGGAUACACAGGAUGAGUUAGGGUCCACAGCUCUGCAUUACGCUGUACACUUUGAUGACCAGAGCUUUGUGUGUAAACUCCUCCUCAGCGGGGCAAGUCUCACCAUCAAGGACAAGUUUGGGGAGCUGGCCAUAUCCCGCAUCCAGGCGUCAGUCCUGGAGGAGGUGUUCAACAACUGCAUAAAGUCACGUAACAAUGAAUUCAACGAUAACUUUAAGAUCACCUUCCACUACAGCAAGUUGGUGCCCAAACAAACGUCGCACCACCUGAAGAUGUACCCGGAGACAAAGUUCCUGAUGUUCCUGAGUGACUCACAUGAGCACCAACAUCUCCUCAAACACCCUGUGAUUGACACGCUCCUGUCCCUGAAGUGGCGGAUGAUCCAGAAAUACUACUACAUAAACACCCUGGUGUACAUGGCCUUCCUCGCCUUCCUGACAGCCUACAUCCUUCUCUUCCAUGGGAACUUCACACCCUCGAUGGAUGCUGACCCAAGUGGACACAAUGCCACAGCCAACACAGGCGUUCCAGACCCAAGCGGACACAAUGCCACAGUCAACACAGGCUUUCCAGACCCAGCAAAGGACAACAUGGCCCUCAAGAUCAGUCUACAAGUCCUCAUCUCCAUCUGCACCUCGUUUAUUGCAGUGAGGGAAGUGACUGAGUUCUGUAUCUCCUGGAGACAGUACGUGGAAAGGUUUAAGAACUGGCUUGAAAUCUCAAUAAUUCUCCUGACUUGCACGGUGCUGUUCAUGCCCAUGGAGGCAGCGCUGCAGCAGAGUAUGUGUGCCUGGCUGGUGCUGUUCUCGUGGAUAGAGUUGGUGCUGGUGCUGGGACAGCACCCAGGCCUGUCCAUCUACAUCACCAUGUUAUCUAUGGUCACCAGCAACUUCCUCAAAUUCAUCGCCAUGUUCUCCUCCAUGGUGGUCGCCUUCAUCUUCAGCUUCUACCUGGCAUUUCAAGUGGAUGAAAACUUCACCACCACCUCCUUCACUCCAUACCACAACUCCCUCCUCAAGACCCUAACCAUGGCCACCGGGGAGAUUGAGUACAAGGAUCUCCCCCUCGACGCCUUUCCCGUCUUCUCGCACCUCCUCUUCGUGGCCUUCGUGUUCCUCAUCGUGCUUGUCCUCAUGAACCUGCUCAAUGGCCUGGCGGUGAGCGACAUCCACAAGAUCCAGAAAGAGGCGGAGAUCACGAGCUACAGAAGCAGGGUGGAGCUGGUGUCCAUCAUUGAGUCUGGGUUACUGACCGGUCCACUGCAUCAGAUCUUCCUAUGGUCGCUGUGGUGCUCUAACGAAGGCACAGAUUAUGGGGCCAAGGACGCGAUGCUGAAGAAGAAGCAAGCCACGGCCAAUGACCGCUCGGGCUGA